CGCUUUUAACAAAUUUCUGACGAAAUGCUUAAACCUUGGCUUAAACAAUUCUUGUCAUUUGAUAUUCUUUCCUUAUCAAUACGUUUAUAAAAAAGUUAGAUAAAUAUAAGGUAGCUUAUAAGUUCUAUAAGCUUUGUGUAACUUGUAGUUGAAAGUUCACCAUGACUAAAUCGAAAACAAAUGAGAAUCAUCGUUCACCAAGAAAAUCAAAACAUUUAGAGAAAGAUAUUCUAAGAAGAUUUUAUCGAGUUUUAAAGAUUUUCAAAGAUCGUGAAGAUCCAAAAAUGAACAUAUUUUUACCAAACUUCCAUGAGUGUGACGCUAAAAAUUCAGAAAUUAACAUUCCUCGUUUACACUGUCUGAUGAUGAUUGAACGUAACUUGUUUUUAGGAAAAUAUACAAAUCAUCCUUGGAAGUUUAUAAGAGAUGUAAAUUCUGUGUUCGAGUACAAAAAAAGUAAACAUUCAAAGAGAACUAAAAUUCACAACAGAGUUUUAGAGUAUCAGGACAUAUUCUUUUCUCAAAUGGAUGUUUUAAUGGAAGAAAUGGGAUACUGCUGUGGUCAUUGGUAUACACAAAAAUCAAGGAAAAUUGAUUGUGGUGCUGCUAAAAAUUGUUUUGUUUUGGACAAUUCUUUCUAUUAUCGUUACGAAGAGUACACAUUCUGUCAAAAAUGUUUCAGCAAUGUCGAUAAAAGUUUCAUCGAAUUAAAUGAAACGAAAGUUGAAAAGUCAUCUUUCGUUGAAUUCUUUUAUAUCCCAUCUAAAAAUGAGGCAUUUGUUCGUUGCAAAAGUUGUAGUCGAAAGUUUCACGAGAUUUGUGUUCUUUUCAAUCGUUUCUUUGGCCAGCAAUUUAUUUGUCGGAAAUGCCGAAAUAUUGAAAUCAAACCAAACCAUCUUCGAGCUUCAAAUUUACCUCCAACAGAAUGUGACGUUUUUAUCAACAAUUUUCUUAAAAAAUAUGACGUUAAUGACAACGACACGCUGACAAUUCGUUUGUUAAGUGAUAUGGAAAAGAAGUUAAAUGUCAAAGAGACUUUCUUAGGAUAUCGAAGUGGUCCGCGUAGUUAUGCAUAUCGAAAUUGCACUCUUUUUACAUUCUGUGAUACUGGUAAUGAGUCUGACAUUUGUUUCUUCUCGGUUAUGUUUCAACUGUAUGGCAAUGAUUGUCCCGAGCCUAAUCGUAACAUCGGCUACAUAAGUUACAUCGAUUCCAUUAAUCUCAUACCUUCAAAGAAUCGAACGUUAAUUUACCGAUUAAUUCUUCUUGGAUUAUUCGAAUAUUUAAAGACGAAAGGCUUCGAUAGAAUCAUUUUAUGGAGUUGUCCAUCGGAUCAAGAUCAUGACUACAUUUUUUACAUGAAACCAGCGAAAAUGAUCAUGCCAACCAAGAAACGUCUCAUUGAUUGGUACAACAAACUUUUCUCACUUGGAAUCGAAUUAAAUGUCAUAAAUUCAUACACAGAAGUCAUGGACUACGUUAAAGAAAAACAAUGGAAGGGAAUCAACGACAUUCCAUACUUAUCUGGUGAUCUUUGGGUUGUAAGAAUGGAAGAAGCGAUUGAAGACACUGAAAAGGAAAAGAACAAAUUAAUUAAAGAAAUUUACGCGCUUCAUAAACGAAUGGAAGGUUUAAUCAAGAAAGGUUCACAACGAAAAGUUUGUGACGCUCAAAAUCGUUUUAAUGCCAAACUUCAACAAUUAUCGGAUUUCGAUUGUCAUGAAGAAGUUUGGAAAUUAAUGGAAUAUCAAAUCAAAGCCUUUUCAAAAGAAUAUUUCAUUUUAAAUUUAUCAGUGAAUCGAAAUGAGGUUGAGAAACUUCCACCACAGAUUGAUUAUGAAUGGAUCAAUAAUCGUCACAUGUUUGUUGAUUAUUUCUGGGAGCAAAUGCUUGAAUCUUCAGACGAAAGAAAAGCUCAAUACACGACACUUGUCAUGAUGCAUCGAAUUUUCUUGGAAAGAAAAAUUUGCAUUGAGUGCAGAACGAUUUUAUGCGAAGGAAUUUCUAGAGAAUUACUGUGCAAACAAUGUCACGAACAAAAAUAUAAUUCUGAAGAAGUUCCUCCCGAAUUAAAAUGUGACGAAGUCUUAGAAGUUUCGUCAGAAAGCGAUGAAGAAAUUUUUUCGACUUCAUCACUGGAUUUAGCUUUAUUUGAAGAUCAUGAUGACAGUGCAAUCGAUUUAUCCUUAAAUUCUGAAUCUACUGAUAAGCCUGAAAGUUCAACGAUCAAUACAGCGAAAAGAACGCUAAAUAUUACCCAAAAUUCAAACAAUAAAGAACCAAAAAAGAAUAAAAUGACUAAAAGUUGCAAAAAAAUUUCUGCAGUGAAACAAAAUGCAAUAAAAUUUGAAAAUCGGGAACAUUUAAAUCAUCUUUUAGAUGUCAUUGAAAUCGAUCUAACAAGGGAACCAGAAUGCAAUCAAGAUGAAAAUGAAAACAAAGUUGAUCGAAAAUUUACAAAAUCUUUGACAGCAAUACAGAAACAAGACGAGUUUUGGAAGAAUUGUGGAAUAAUUUCGUCAUCAAAUGUUUUACAUUCCACUCAAAACAACACAAAAAAGACUUGUUGAAACAGUUCUCUUAUAAUGUUCAAAAUAAUAAAACGUAAAUUAA